CAAUAACAAACGUUGUCAUGGUUGUGUUUAGUUAGUUCCCGCGCCGACCCGGCCAAGACGUGACUCCCCGCGCUCCUGGGAAGACAACACUCUUCUCAACAACAGCAACUGCAGAAAUACUGCUGGCAGAAUAAACAGGUAGUGACAAUGGAUGAGUGGAGAUUUGAUGCAGGUGAAGAUGAGGUCGAUCAGGAAGGGGAAGAUGGAAGUGAUGAAGGUUCAUGGGUCUAUGGAGGUCGCACGGCUUCUAUUUUCCUGAUUGAUGCUGCCAAAGAGAUGUUUGAAGCUCCAAGUGAUGCUGCAGUUGAUGGGGAGGAAGCACCAUUUAAGCGAGCUAUCAAAGCAGCUCAUGCUACAUUGUUGCGUAAAAUCAUUUCGAGUGAUCAAGAUCUGGCUGCUGUAGUACUGUUCAACACAAGGGAGACCAAGAAUCACAUCGACUUUGCCCAUGUGUAUAUAUUACAGGAGUUAGAACGUCCAGGUUCAGAAAAAAUCCUAAUGCUGGAAAACUUGUUAGGAAUGAACAACCAAAAAUUUGAAAAGGACUAUGGACACAGCACUGAUGCCAGUCUGCAUGAUGCUCUCAGGGUCUGCCAAAGUGUCUUCAGUAAAUGCACAAGUCGACUAGCUGGGCAGAGCAUCAUGCUUUUCACUUGCCGAGAUAAUCCUCAUGCUGGUGAUGAUCAGAAGCAAAGGCAAGCACGACGUAAAGCUCAAGACUUGAAAGAAGCAGGAAUUGUACUAGAAAUUCUACACAUGGGAGAAACUUUUGAUGUAAAUAAAUUUUAUAAGGACCUGGUAAAACUUGAUGAAAGUGAAGAUGAUAAUUCACAAGAAAGUAUUACUCUGGCAGAUCCCACAAGUCGAUUUGAAGAGUUGAUGGAGAGAAUGAGACGGCUUGAUCACAAACAACGUACCACUGGAAGAGUUAUGUUUACUUUGGCUCCAGGGGUGGAGAUGUCGGUUGGUAUCUACACGACUGUUAGGAAGGUGAGCAAACCCUACAAGCUGAAGUUGUGGAAGAUCUCCAAUGAAGAAUUGAGAUACAUGAAGAAGGAGUAUUUAGAGGAUACUGGAGAGUUGCUGAUGCCAUCUGAUUAUGUGAAAUAUCAGACAUAUGGCGGACGACAGAUAAAGUUUACAAUGGAUGAGGUUCGCAGUCUUAGUAAGGUCUAUGAUCCAGGAAUGCAGCUCUUGGGCUUCAAGCCAAUCAGCAGCAUCAAGCCAUAUUUUCACAUCAGACCUGCUAAUUUCAUAUACCCAGAUGAAAAGUCAGUUCAAGGUAGCAACAAAAUGUUUGCAGCUCUGUUGAAUCGCUGUCGAGUACGGAAUAUGGCAGCAAUUGUGCGAUUAGUGCCACGUCAAGGUGCCUCAGUGUCGUGGGCAGCAUUGAUUCCCCAGGGAGAGCAGCGGGAUGAGAAGAAUAGUCAAGUCACUCCUCCAGGGUUUAUUGCCUGCCACUUGCCAUUUGCUGAUGAUUUCCGCAACAUACAACUGGAGAAUUCAACUCGAGCAACUCCAGACCAAGUAGAUGCAGCCAAAGCUGUUAUCAAGAAAUUGCACUUCAAGUACGCACCAGAGAACUUUGAUAAUCCUGAUAUUCAAACCCACUGGCGCAACAUUGAAGCCUUGGCCCUUAACAGAUCACAAUUAGACCCUGUGGUGGAUUACACCGUACCCGACAAUGAACGCAUACAGAAGAAAGCUGGAUCAUUACUAAAGUCUCUUCAAGAUCUUGUUUAUCCUUCUUCAUACGAUCCAGCUCAAUCUGCCAAGAAACGGCCAGCUGCAAGCUCCAGUGCAGCACAAAAGAGAGUUAAAUCUGAUCCAGCAAGUGUUGAUGUUGAAGCCAUGGCCAAGGCCGGCAAGGCUGACAAACUGACCAUGGAGAUUCUCAAGAAAUGGUUGCAAGAGCGAGGUGUGAGAGUUUCUGGCAAGAAGAAAGCUCAACUUGUUCAAGAUGUCUUGGAUGAAGUUGGUCAGUAAUAACCACCAACAGAAUUCUCAUGCAGAAAGUAAAUAAUUUGUAUUUCAUUGUGCUGCAUAAAUUUAGUGUUCUUGGCAGAUAGCAAGAAGACGGUUUUCUGUGCUAAUAACAUGAACUUGCCAACAAAAGUUUGUUAUAAAUGUGAGUUUUGUAACACAAAAAAAAAAAUUUGUACAAAUUUACUUUUUUCCAUUAAGCAUGUAAAAUAAAGUUUUAUAAAGA